AGAAAGAGACCUAUAAAUGGGAGUAGCAUCUCAAACAGCUGAGAGUACCUCAAAACAAGAAAAAAUUGUUAAUAUCUCCCCUAGCAAUUAACCAGUCUACCUUCAGUUUUUAAGCACCCCUUUGCAUAUUUCUCUCCCUAAAAGACGUAAAAGACGUGAGGCUUUACGUCCAAUACUCAAUAUAUACUCAUCAACUUAGCUGAAAAACCAAGACAAUUAUGAAGCAAACGGUGCUGAUCAGGGUGUCCAUGGAUGGCCACAUGAAGUGCCUUUUUUGCUACAGGCUGGAUGGACAGAAAGUCCGGACCAAAGCCUUGAAGAUUGCAGUUAGCGUUAAAGGGGUGGAAUCAGCUUCUUUAAAAGGGGAUGAAAAGGACCAAAUAGAAGUAAAAGGGAAUAUGAUUGAUACAGUGGAACUUACAUCGUUACUCAGGAAGAAAGUGGGACCUGCAUACAUAAUUACUGUGGAGGUAGAGAAGAAAGAUGAGAAGAAAGAAGAGAAGAAAGUACUGGAGUGCAUUGCGUGGCCUUAUGGUGGUGGUGUUCCUUCCUGCUACUCCUAUCCAAUCUAUGAGGUCAGGGAUUGCCAUGAGACCUCCAACCCUUGCUCUAUCAUGUAACUGUAGUACGUACGUUUAUCAGUAGAUCUAGAUAGCAGUUGAGUAAUUUCAACAUAUGAGUUUUUAUUUUUCUCUUUUCAAAUGCUUUCCCGGGGUGAUCAUGCAGAUCUGGAAUUGAAUCAUCGCUU